UGUAAAAAUUUUAAAGUAAGUUUUUCAGGCUGAGUAUGGUAUCAUAAGCUGGUAAUCCCAGCACUCAGGAACCUGGAGAAUCUUGGCUUCUAGGCCAACCUGUGCAAGGAGACCCUGGCUAUGGAAGGAGACACUGGUUGGGAGGUUGGGGACAACUGGAGAGUCAGUCUAACCUCUUACUCUCCAGCCCCCCACCCCCACCACUGAAAUGUUCCAUAGGGAAGCGCCUCAUUUAGGUGGAGGGUCCUUUAGGCUGCUGUGCUGAGGAGCGUUCCAAGUCCAGAUCCUCCUCUCAGCGGCUGAGUCCUGGGCUGGAGCGGCUGGUCUAUAGAAGUGAGUCCUAAGUGGCUUUAGCCUGAGCUGCGCAGGUGGGGAGAAGCUGAGCUAAGAUUAGCUACUGAGGGGGAUGAGAGGUUGUUAACUACGAGGCACGGGAGAGGAGUGACCGCGACAGGCGACAGGCAACCAGAAGCACCAUGCCAUUGCAGGAGGAGACCCUCCGGGAAGUGUGGGCCUCAGACAGUGGCCAUGAAGAGGACUUGCUGAGCCCGGAACCGCAGCAGUGCCCCAAGCAGCGACCCACCCAGGGACAGAAACUGAGGAAAAAGAAGUCCGAGACCCCGGAGUCUCAGGGAUCCAAGCCCCGCAAAGCUGGAGCUGGGCGCAAGAAGCUCGAGGAGCCGCCCGCAGACCCCGCAGAGGCGCGCGCUGUGCCGACGGUCUACGCCAAGUUCCUUCGGGACCCCGAGGCCAAGAAGCGGGAUCCCCGGGAAACCUUCCUGGUUGCCCGCGCCCCAGAUGUGGGAGGCGUUGAGGAUUUGGAGGAGGAUUCCGAUGACGAUGAGGAAGAGGAUGAGGAAGAGGGGAAAAAAGAGAAAAGCUCUCUGUCCCCCAGGAGACCACCCAAGGGAAGAGAGAAGAAAGCCAAAGCCCUAGGCCCGCGGGAGGACCUAGGAAGCCCUGAAAUCCCCCGGAAACCAACCCACACCAAGAAGAAGGAGCCAGGGGAGGGAACCAAGCUGAAAAAGACAAAGAAGAAAGGGGCUGGGGAGGCUGACAAGGACCCAUCAAGGAGUCCAGCAGCCCUGAGGAAGAAGACCCCAGCAGCCAUGUUUCUAGUUGGGGAAGGUGGUCCGACUGAAAAGGGUGUGAAGAAGAAAGGGCCGGCCAAAGGCUCAGAGGAAGAGAAGAAGGAGGAAGGGGAGGAGGAAGAGGAGGAGUCUUCAGCGAUGAAGAAUAGCAACCAGAAGGGCCGAGCAAAAGGGAAAGGCAGGAAGAAAGUGAAGGAGGAGAGGGCUCCAUCUCCCCCCGUGGAAGUGGGUGAACCUCGGGAGUUUGUGCUGCAGCCAGCGCCCCAGGGCAGGGCAGUGUGCUGCCGGCUGACCCGGGACAAGAAGGGCAUGGACCGUGGCAUGUAUCCAUCGUACUUCCUACACCUGGACUCGGAGAAGAAGGUGUUCCUCUUGGCCAGCAGGAAACGCAAGCGCAGUAAGACAGCCAACUACCUCAUCUCCAGAGACCCUACCAACUUGUCCAGGGGAGGGGAGGACUUCGUUGGAAAGCUGAGGUCCAAUCUCCUGGGCAACCGCUUCACAGUCUUUGACAAUGGGCAAAACCCACAGCGCGGCAGAGGUGUGGACGUGGGGAGCCUGCGCCAGGAGCUGGCAGCUGUGAUCUAUGAAACCAAUGUUUUAGGGUUCCGAGGACCCCGUCGCAUGACUGUCAUCAUCCCUGGAAUGAACUCGGACAAUGAGAGGGUCCCUAUCCGGCCCCGAAAUUCCAGCGAUGGGCUGCUGGUGCGCUGGCAGAACAAGACCCUGGAGAGCCUCAUCGAACUACAUAACAAGCCGCCCAUCUGGAACGAAGACAGUGGCUCCUACACCCUCAACUUCCAAGGCCGGGUCACCCAGGCCUCCGUCAAGAACUUUCAGAUUGUGCACGCUGAUGACCCCGACUAUAUAGUGCUCCAGUUCGGCCGCGUAGCCGAGGACGCCUUCACUCUGGACUACCGGUACCCGCUGUGCGCCCUGCAGGCCUUCGCCAUCGCCCUCUCCAGCUUCGAUGGGAAGCUGGCCUGCGAGUGACCCCACAACCCCUCAGCGCUGGGAAAACACUCAGCUGGGGGUGAUAGAAUCCCUUCCCCACAGCCCGCGCACCCCCAGCUUGGCACCGGCUAGGCGGAGGAGCGCUGACUGGGAUGGAGAUGAACAUCUGGUCACCCCCUCCUCCUCAGUCACUUCCUGCCCAGGAGCCCGAGUCAGACGUUCGAGGCCCCUCCAGGACUUCACUGGGGGAAACGGAGA